UUUGCAUAAUAAUGUCAUUUUUUCCUUCCUAUAAAGGUUAAUUGACGUCAUUUCGACUCGAUAGGCGGCCCAUUUGGAGCACCGCCUUGACCAACAGAUCGCUGUCAAAAUGAGACCAAAAAACAUUCAGCAUUCGCUUAGCGGCUGCCAAGACAGCAAGUGUCCAAUAUCCGUUCGUUGUGAUCGGCUUAAAUUCCACGGAAAUUCCCUAUUUGUACCGAUACCCGCGGAAAGACCAUGUUGCCACAUCGCAUUUUAAUGCUUUUUUCAUUAGUGUCGCUAGUCCAAACAACAAAGGAACAUCCAUCAUUACAUACGGAGCAUACUCUGUUCGAUUUGUCAUCAUUACAUGCGGCUAACAGAGCAAGCGGGCGAGAUAGUGACCAACCAAGUGGCUUUCAUGGGAAAGUUUGCUGGUCGUCAAGUGAACAUGAGGGAAAGAUACGCGUUCUCAAGUGCUAAUUGGGCCGCGCCACAAUUUGUAUGUCUGAUAGCAACAUACCAGAAGAAAAAGAAGUCAAUUUU